AUGUCGCUCGCCGAUGUGCACUGCCCCGUGGCCCAAGCUUUCCCGUGCUCGCCUUCUCAUAAGGGUAGCGAUGACGCAUGCCAACCAAGAGUUUCACAUUGUCCGUCGUUCUGCCGUGUUGGACGCCCUGGAGAAGAGCUUUACAGACCCCAAUUGGCGAGAUCCUGUCAUGACUUGCAAGUUGCGGGCACUUUUCGCUAUGGGCGAUCUCUCCUCCUCAGGUCCCUAUAUUCCUUUACCCUCAACCGUAUCCACACAGCGUAUACGCUAGCAGGCACGGCUGUUCGUAUGGCUGUCCUCAUGGGACUGCAUUUGAACAUUCCCGCGACCCAGCUCAGCGACCCAGUUUUCAGAGAACAUCGCAACAGGGUGUGGUGGACAGCGUACAUCAUGGAUCGAAUGUGGGCUUCCAGACUCGGCUGCCCCCCCGCCAUCCAAGAUGAGGACGUCAAGGUCGACUUGCCCUCGAACCCGGCCACCAACGGGCGCUUGACGGAGGACUUUUCCGACUCUGGUUAUUAUGCCGCCCAUGUGAGGUUGGCGAGCAUCGCCACCAGCGUAGUUCAGUCUAUUUAUGGCAAAAGAAACCAAAUAACGGCGUUCUUAAACAAGGUGCAGGAGCGGCUCAAAGAGCUCAAGGUCUGGGUUGAGGAGCUACCGCCUUACUUACACAUGGACACGAGUCUGGUAUCGAACCCCAACUACCACAACUACGACAUCCUGUCGCUCCACUUGACCCUGAACCAGACAAUCAUCCUGGCUACUCGCCCGACUCUCUUGUAUGGCCUACGUCUGCACACUAGCACAUCACCGCCCAAGCCAAUUCCGCACUCGGCCAAGACGCUCAUCGAUGCCUGUAUCCGCUGCGCUCGGCACUCAUACCGCAUUCUCUCCGAGAGUUGGAUCAACGGGGCGUUCCCUGCGCUCUACCACGAUCUCACCCAGUAUCUCUUCUCGUCCCUCAUCGUACUCGCCAUCUCCAGCCUCUUGGAUCAUCACGACGACAGCGCCAAUGCUAGCGACAGGGACGGGUUCGAAGAUGCCGUGCAGUUAUUGUCACGGGUGAGGGAUAGCGGAAACAUUCCCGCGCGGGAGUUCUACCGGCACGCCGAGCUCAUUGUGGCGGCCGUCACGAAGGCCCGGAAGGGAAGGAGCCAUGACUCGUCAGCCGAGGUGGACAUGUGCGCGCAGAUGGCUGCUCGCCCGGCAGGGGGGGGGACAGCGGACGCCCUUGAUACUCCGCUCGGGCUUGGGCCAAUGCAGGUGGGCGACUUGAGCAGGGAGGAACGCGGUGCGGCUGGACUGGGAAUCAUGAUCGAGACGGGCGAGACGGCGCUGGCCGAGCCGUCUCUACAAGAGCUGCUCAUGCAACCGGCGAUGGAGAUGCAGUUCCUAGAGCCGAGCUCGGACUUUUUUGACGGGGGCCACGAACUGUACUGGCCGGAGUUUCCGCUGCAAUUUUAG